AUCUCCGCCUCAACUUUUCUAUUUAACUUUUUCCGACGCGAUGAAAGUGUUAAAAGUGCCAAAUUAGCAAUAAUGGAGGAGGUCAAAAGUGGCAUGGUGACUUUGAAUGACGGGAAAACACGUCCGCAACCGAUAAAAUUGCAGUUGUCCAAUGAUACAUUGACAUUAUUAAAGGAGGAGUUGGUUCCAGUCUACCAGGAAGAAAAUGCAAAUGAACUUAUCAACAAAGUAAGGGAGGUUGUAAUCCAGAAGCAUGAGAAGACAGGCUUGGGAAUUAGUUUAAAGGGUGGUGCUGAGAACCGGCUUCCUGUGCUAGUGUCCAAGUUAGUGCCAGGACAGGCUGCAGCCCUUACUGGUGGUCUGUAUGUAGGGGAUGCCAUUUUAAAGGUAAAUGGAGAACCAUGUGACAGGGCCACCCAUGAUGAGGUCAUCAGUUUAUUAAAAUCAGCUGGGUCAGAGGUGACUCUGGUUGUGAAACACUUCAAACCUGCUGCCAUUUUUCUCAACAAAGAUCAGCAGACUGGCAAUAACAACAAUUCUCCAAUGGAAGAAGACUCGUCCCAGUUUCCACGUCUGGAGCGUCAGUGGUCUGUUUAUGUCUCUAUACCACUGCUGUUUGCCUAUCUCACUCGCUACUGUCCUGGUACUGACAAACUCAGGGCGAAUGCAUUUGAGGUUGUCAGCGUUGACGGGGCCUCGACUGGCGUGAUCCAUUGUGACGAUAGCCACUCAUUGGCUGAUUGGAUCAGAGCUAUCACCAAUAACAUCUCAUCUCUCUUAGCUCAGAUGAUAAAGAUGAGCAACAGGCUGCUGAUACCAGAAGAACAGAUCUUGUACAUGAGUUGGACCCAGGAGCGAGUGUCACCAGCAAGACAUUGGCAGGCAUGGAAACCAAAGUUCCUAUCUUUGAAAGGAGCAGAUGUCUGUCUGUUUGAUAUGCCACCUAUGCAGACACGCGACUGGGUACGAUGUGAUACCGUAUUUAAACUCUAUGAGUGUAUGUUUAAAGUAUUAAAGGACCCUGAGUUGCUGGACGAUCGACAACACUCCUGUACUAUACAGACCGGCACAGGUGAGAAGUUUUACCUGAGUACUGAUAGUCGCAGUGACUUGUUACACUUGGAGAAGGCUUGGUACAGGUGUAAUCACAACAGUAUUGUCAAACUCAAGAGUCGAACUUUUGGGUGUACAUGGCGUGGUCGCUUGUCAGGGUUGACUCUUGACCUUGAAGCAGGAUUCUCUUUAUAUGACAGUGAAACCAAGAGCUACAAGUGGGUCUACAAAUUUUCAAGAUUAAAGGGAUCAUCCGAUGAUGGAAAGUCCAAACUCAAGUUACAUUUUAGUACUGAGAACUCUGGUGUUGAAGUCAGAGAAGUGGAGUGUACAAAUCUACAGACUCUGCUGUUUUGUAUACAUGCGUUCUUGUCGGCCAAACUUGCCUCAGUAGACCCAGCCUUCCUCACCAACUACUGACCACUGAAGCCACACACCUGUAAUGACCAGUUGAUUAACCGAUCAAAUCUCAAAGUAAUGACAGACUACAGGAACCACACAAGAUAGACUGAUCGAUGGAAUCUCCAAGGAUUGACCGUCCAGUGGUCGUCAAUACCUAUGCCUGAUGGGUUCACGUCUACUUAUAGACAACUGAUGUGUGCAGCACAACAUGUUGAUGUCCUGUCCAGGCAUGUUUAGUAAUCUGUGCAAUAUCAUAACUUCAUUGUUAAAACAUGAUGUUCUUGUUAAGAUACCUUCUGACUAUAACUUUUAUGUAAGGACAGUUUCAUCUCCUGAUGUUUAUGAAAGGACAAUAUUGUAAAACCAUGUUCAUGAAAAGACUAUUUUAUCGUACUGUAUUUAUUGAAAGAUGAUUUCUUACUGCAAUGUUUGUAAGGACAAUGUUAUGUGUAUCUAAAGACUAGUUCACUAUAGGAUGUUUCUGUGAGGACUAGUUCACUCUUUGAUGUUUCUGUGAGGACUAGUUUACCCUAUGAUGUUUCUGUAAGGACAAGUUCACCCUGUGAUGUUUCUGUGAGGACUAGUUCACCCUAUAAUGUUUCUGUAAGGACUAGUUCACCCUAUGAUAUUUCUGUAAUGACUAGUUCACUCUAUGAUGUUUCUAUAAGGACUAGUUCACCCUAUGAUGUUUCUGUAAGGACAAGUUCACCGUAUGACGUCUGUCAGGACUAGUUCACCCUAUGAUGUUUAUA